GCUCCCAGAAAUGGGAAGCAAUCAACAUGAAGAAUUUGGUGUAGGAGGUGGAAGAUCAGCAAGCUCUUCUUCAAGGAAAACAAAGAAGAACAGCCAAGCAAAGCAGCCAAAGCUGCCACAAAGAGGACUGGGAGUUGCUCAGCUUGAAAAGAUCAGAAUUCAGAGUCAGAUGAUGGCUACUUAUAAUCUCCAAUCACUUCAUCAUCCCUUUCAUUCUAAUCCAACCAUGGAGGAGCCUAUAACUUCAUCCUCACUUAAUGGUGCAGCAAAUUCAGUGUUCAGUGUUCAUCCCAAUUUCUUGAUGAGCUGUGGAGAAAAUAUAGUUAGUGCAGAUACAAGAUUUGGAGGCAUGCAGUCUAGUAAGGCUAGGUAUUUAGUACCAGAUCAUGAGGUUAAUAGUGUGCCACAGGGAGAUCAUCUUCAGCCUGUGACUCGCCCACUCAUGAUG